AUGUCAGAAACCUGUAAAUUUUCAGACGUUGAAUUUGAAAUCGAAGAACAAAUCAUUCUAGGCGGAAAUUCAUCGAAAAGACGAAAGCGAGCACUGCGUGAUCCUACAUUUGACUUAAAAUCAAUGCUUUUAGAAGGACGUCGUGACGAACAAAGCAAGUACCAAGCUCAACAAAUCGAACCUAAAGAACAAACUGACGGUGAGGCUAAUAAAUUAGAACAAAAACCUGAUAACGGUAAUAUUUCGAACAGUAGUAAUAUUAUUUGCAGAAAUUGUGGGCGUGCUUAUCCACACACAGGGGCAUGUCCAGCGAAAGGAAAAACCUGUAAUAAUUGUGGAAAACCGAAUCAUUUCGGUGCUGUUUGUCGAGGAAAACAAAAACAAACGCGAUCACCGAGAUACUCAAACAAAAAGCAUGAACAAAGAAAUUUAAAAACAUUAGAUACAGGAUCAAACUCGAGUUCCGAUAAAGACUAUUUAUAUACCAUGACAAAUACAAAGCACAAUGACAAGGUCAAUGUUACAGUAGGCGGUGCCAAAUUUCAAACAACAAUUGGCAGUGGCGCGACAAUAAAUGUGAUCGAUCGUGACACAUUUAACAAAAUGCAAGACAUAAAAUUAACUCGCACGAACACGAAAGCUUUCGCGUAUAAUACGAAAUCACCAGUUGAAUUUUGGAAAAAAUCGAAGCGGUAAUCGAAACACGAAAACGAAUAUCUGUAGCCACAUUCUAUGUCGCUAAAGCUGCGAACUGUGGAAACUUACUUUCUCUUGCUACUACACAAGAACUCGGACUUAUUAGUUUGCAUCUAGACAAACUGACAUCAAAGGAUGCCGCACUAGAAAAUAUCCUUCAAAAAUAUUCUAAAGUUUUUUCCAAUCUUGGAAAAUUGAAGGGAGAAAAGUCAAACUAGAUAUAGACAAAACUAAAAUUCCGAAAGCACAGCCACAAAGGCGCAUACCCUAUCACAUUCGAGAAAAAGUGAAAAACGCGAUAACUGAAUAAGAAAAUCAAGAUGUCAUUGAAAAAGUGCCCGAAAAUGAAGCUACUCCUUGGGUUUCACCCAUUGUAGCUGUUCCCAAAAAAGACGGACAGGUUCGCAUAUGUGUCGAUAUACGGCUCGCAAAUGAAGCUAUAAGACGAGUACGCCAUCUUAUACCAACCGUAAAUGAUAUUAGUUUUGCCCUGAAUGGAGCAAAAUUUUUCUCGAAACAUGAUUUGAGCCAAGCGUAUCAUCAGUUAGAACUGGACGAACAGUCUCGUUAUAUAACAACCUUUAGCACUCAUGUAGGUUUGUAUCGCUACAAAAGACUAAACUAUGGUACAAACGCUGCAGCGGAGAUAUUUCAGUACACACUCCAAACUGCACUGAAAGGGAUUAAAGGCGUCAAGAACAUAGCUGAUGAUAUCAUUGUAUUCGGCUCAACAAGAACUGAACAUGACGCUAAUCUUGACAAAUGUCUACAACGACUUGCAAUGAAGGGCUUACGACUAAACCGAAGCAAGUGUAAUUUUCUUAGUGCCACAUUUUCAUUUUUCAAACAAGUCUUUUCGAAAGAAGGCACUCAUCCUGAUCCUAGGAGAGUAGCUGAUCUAUUAAAUGCACCUCAGCCAAAUAAUGAACAUGAAGUCAGUAGCUUUCUUGGCAUGGUCAACUAUAGCAGUAAGUACAUUCGAGAUUUUACAACACUAACUGCUCCCCUUCGUGACCUGACGAAAAAGGAUGUUCGUUUUGAGUGGACUUAAACACACCAAACUGCUUUUGAAAAGCUGAAAAACACGCUUGCAAUUGCUCCAUGUAUGUCAUAUUUCGACAAAAACAAACAAACUUUUGUAACAGUUGAUGCUAGUCCUGUAGGAAUUUCUGGAAUUCUUUCUCAGAAACCAAGAAACGGUGACGUAGACAGUCAACAGAUAAUUGCAUAUGCCAGCCGAGCGCUGACUGAUACAGAAAAGAGAUACUCCCAGACGGAAAAAGAAGCGUUGGCGAUAGUAUGGGCAGUUGAACAUUUCCAUUUAUUUUUAUUUGGAAGUGAAUUUACACUAAUAACUGACCAUGAACCUUUAGAAAUUAUUUAUGGUCAACGUACAGCCAAAACAUCAGCGCGAAUUGAAAGAUGGGUGCUUCGCUUCCAACCAUAUACAUUUAAGAUAAUCUAUAAAUCAGGUGCCAGCAACCCUGCGGACUAUCUUUCCCGCCAUCCAACAAACGAAAGCAAACGAAAACAGGAGAAAUGA